AUGGCAUUUUACUCAACACCCCGAGGUCAUCUUGGCCAUAUUUGCGGGUUCUACUACAAUUCCAGAAGCAAUGGUUAUCUCCAGAAGAACUACCUCCCACAGGUUGAGCUUCAAGCUCACACCACUAUUCUGGCGACUACGUCCCGGACGCUACUCACACAGAAAUUUGUGAAUCCUUCCAGCGAGAGAGGCAUUCGAGAGGUCCGCUACGUGUUUCCGCUGUACGAUGGAGUGAGUGUAGUAGGCUUUACAUGCCAUGUUGGUGAUCGCACAAUCUUGGGCGAGGUCAAGGAGAAAGAGAAAGCUCGUGCCGUGUUCAAAGAAGCCGUCGCAAAAGGCCAGACGGCCGGCUUAUUCGAACAACUGCCCGAGGCCUCUGAUGUCUUCACAAACACUGUCGGCAACAUACCGCCUGGUGCAGUCGUCGUUGUCGAGAUUUCCUACCUAGGAGAACUCAAGCAUGAUAUGGAGGUUGAUGGUAUUCGAUUUACGAUCCCAGCAAUUAUCUGCCCUCGCUACGGAGAUUUUUCCUCUGGUUUCCGGCCGCUUGCAGCUGCAGCUGCAUCUGCACUAGGUAGUGGUAUCUCCAUUACCGUUGAUGCGGAGAUGCCAGACGGGUCUUUCAUCCAGAAAAUGCAGUCACCGUCACAUCCUAUCUCCAUGACCAUGGGCACAAUAUCAUCGGAACCAGAUGCCGAGCCUAUGAUGACGAAGGCUUCUGCGUCUCUGACCUUGGGUACCGCAGAGCUUGACAAGGACUUUGUUAUGCAAGUCAUCGCAAAGAACACUGGUGUACCAAAAGCUGUGCUGGAAAACCAUCCUACCAUCGCGAAUCACCGGGCCUUGAUGACAACGUUGGUACCCAAGUUUUCCCUACCUGCAGAGAAGCCAGAGCUUGUAUUUGUCUGUGAUCGUAGUGGCAGCAUGAAUGGAACUAGUAUGGAGCUCGCCAAGCAGGCACUCAAGGUGUUUCUCAAGUCUCUGCCUGUUGGAGUCAAGUUCAAUAUUUGUUCCUUUGGCUCAUCGUACUCCUUUCUCUGGAAGAAGAGCGCGAGCUAUAAUCAGGAGAAUCUCGACGAAGCAGUCCGUCACGCUGAACAGUUCUCGGCCAACUACAAUGGAACGGAGAUGCUGGCGCCUUUGAAAGCCACAAUCGAUCAGCGGUACAAAGACAUGCCGCUUGACAUCAUUCUGCUUACGGAUGGCCAGAUUUGGGAUCAAGAGCGGCUGUUCUCGUACCUCAAUGAAGCCAUCACAGGAAGCAAACAGCCCGUUCGGGUCUUUACUCUUGGAAUCGGCAAUGGCGUCUCUCAUGCUUUGAUAGAAGGCGUUGCUAAAGCUGGCAAUGGAUUCUCACAGGCAGUAGGAGCGGGCGAGAAGAUGGAUGCCAAAGUAGUUCGAAUGGUAAAAGGAGCAUUAUCGCCUCACGUGAAUGACUACACUCUCGAGGUAAAAUACGCUAAUAAGACGCCGGAUGAAGAGGAGGAAGACUUUGAGAUCAUUGAGAAAGUUACAGACAGUCUGAAGGUCAAGCUGGAUAUCAGUGACACAAAAGUCGCUACCGCACCCGUGAGUACCGGUCCAAGAGCAUUGCCACUUACUUCCACUAAUUGUCGACACAAGAAACCAAUUUCGCUCUUCGACACUUCUGUGGACCUUGACAAGCCGGAGUCCCCGGUAGAUGACGACACGGGCGAGCAAAAGUACGCACACUUGCCGACACUUGCAGUGCCCAAAAUUAUUCAAGCACCGCAGAACAUCCCAUCGCUCUUCGCCUUCAACCGAACAACAGUUUAUCUUCUUCUCGGUCCAGACGCACCAAAGGCUACCCCGAAGUCAGUUCUUCUCCGUGGCACAAGUGCUCACGGGCCGCUCGAGCUCGAGAUACCAAUUGAGAGCUUGAGCCAACCUGGGGAGACCAUCCACCAGCUUGCCGCCAAAAAAGCCAUUUCUGAGCUCGAGCAAGGACGUGGGUGGCUUUCCGAGGCGAAAGACGACACUGGCGCACUGCUCAAGACUAAGUUUGAAGGGCGCUAUGACGACAUGGUCGAGCGAGAAGCCGUACGUCUGGGCAUUCAGUUUCAAUUCGGCGGGAAAUGGUGCUCCUUUGUCGCCGUAGAGUCGAACAAGCGCGCGAGCGAGGACUCGAGGAAGGAAGUUGAGCGGUGGGAGUGGGUUGAGGACGAGACUGAAAUACGUAGUCCAGAACAAGGAGCCCCGCAGCAAAUAAUGCAACAGCAGCAGCAUUUCGAGGCAGCUUCAGUCAACCUUGGCUCUAUGUCAAAUAAGAGAAGCCACCCGAGCAUGUCGGCAAGCCUCUCUGCAUUUACACCGUUAGCUUCACCUGCAACACUGUUUGGACCACGAGGAGGAGGAUACAGGUCAGUAGCCAGUCCAUUCGCUCCUGCAUCGCUGCAGAACCAGGGAACGACUCCCUUCGCUGGCCCAAAUGUACCAGCUACCUCGUCUUCGGGGCUUUUUGGAGCACCACAAGGCGGAUAUGCGGCGAGUCAGGGAGCGAGCCUUUUUGGUGGCGCAUCUACGCCAGCUGGCUCAUCCUCAGGGCUAUUUGGAGCGUCGUCAGGAGGGGCAUCUACUUCAACAGUCAAUCCAUUCGGCCCUGCACCUCUACCUCCCCCGCCACACGCAAUCCAGCAACAAAUGCGGAUGCAGCAGCAGCAAGCUCAAGUUCAAGCGGGAGCUGGAACACAAGCACCACAAAUGGCUCAGCAACAAGCCAGACAGCUUCAAGACUACCAGCAGGGCCUGAUGAUGCUCGAGCAACAGAACAAACAACGCCUCGUCAUGGGCCGCGCAGAUAUGUCUGCGCCUCCACCUCCCGCGCCAUCUGCGGUCUAUGGCCAACCUGAGCGUGAGUUCGCAACGAGCGUCGGCAGCGGCGCGACCGCACCCCCUCCUCCGGAACCUCAUCUUUUUGGCGCAGCCGCUCCAUACGAUCUCGGCAAUAAGCCCGAUGCUGACAUGGGUGACUACGACCUGUCGAUUAAUUCUGACCGUGACAUUCUCGAGCAAGACGGGAAGGUAGCCAGUCCACAGUACUCGCCUGUCAGUCCUCAAUACUCUCCCGUGAGCCCGGGCAGUGUGAAGUACUCGCCCACGUCCCCGACUUAUGUGCCAACAAGUCCUGGCUAUGCGACUGGCGGAGGAGGGUUCACGGCAUAUGGCGGUGGGUUCACGGCAUAUGGCGGCAGUGCGACGGAAGAAAAGAAGGUGCCGAAGGAGGAAGAGCUUUUGCAUCGUCUGAUUUCGCUGCAGACGUUUGAGGGCCAAUGGGUACCUGCUGGAUCGUUACUACAAGAUCUUGAGAUCACUGAAGAGCGGUUGGCUGGUGCUGCGGCGAAGGUGGGUAUAGAAGCAGAGGUCUUCCUUACUGCUGUUGUUGUGGCGGUGUUUGAGAAGAAGUUGAAAGAGUUCGAGGGGAGCUGGGAGCUUGUGGUGGAUAAAGCAAGGGCGUGGUUGGAGGAGCAUGGUGUGAAGGAUAUUGAGGCGGUUAUUAAGGGGGCCGGCAUGUUAGUCAAGUAG